CUCACAUUCCCAUUCACACUUCUACACUUCUACACUACCAAGCCAAGAUGUUUCUUCACACUGUGUUCCUCCUUUCCCUUCUCUUAUCCACUUCCCAUGCUGCUGUUCAAGACUUCUGUGUUGCAGACCUAAAAAGUGCAGAUGGCCCUGCAGGCUUUCCCUGCAAGCCAGCUGCCAAAGUUACUUCAGAUGAUUUUCUGUUUGCUGGCUUAACUGAAACUGCAAAUGUCACAAACAUAAUCAAUGCUGCUGUGACCCCGGCAUUUGUUGGUCAAUUCCCAGGUCUUAAUGGUCUGGGACUAUCAGCAGCAAGGUUAGACCUUGGUCCUGCUGGAGUUAUCCCACUUCACACUCAUCCUGGUGCCAAUGAACUUCUACUAGUGACUCAGGGUCACAUCCUUGCUGGAUUUAUAUCAUCAAGUAACGUUGUCUAUCAGAAGUUACUGACAAAGGGAGAGCUUUUCGUCUUCCCACAAGGGUUGUUGCACUUUCAAAUAGCAGCUUAUAAGAGGAAGGCCACUGCUUUUCCUUUUUUCAGCAGUGCAAACCCUGGCCUCCAAAUCCUUGACUUUGCACUGUUUGCCAGCAACUUCUCUACACCUUUGAUCACACAGACAACUUUCCUUGAUCCUGAUCUAGUCAAGAAGCUUAAGGGUGUUCUUGGGGGCAGUGGUUAAUUAGCUAGAGCAGUCUCAUGGUUAUGAUUUAUGAAUUGUUCAUUAUAUUGCUUAAUCCAUUACCUUGUGUUGUUUAGAUUCGUUAGACUUGUCAAGGUCUUCUGCUCGUGUCAUGCGGAGUGCUUGAGUUUUGCUUUCCAUUUCUGUUCCAAAGCUGAAGAAUGUCUCUUGAGACUUGAACAUCACCAUGUUUAGAAGGGUUUGCUACUGUUAAUUGCUAAACAAGUUUAUUCAAUGUUUACUGGUGGAUAAAUGUCUGUGCUAUUUCUUUUUCAAGAAAAGAUUCUGCUUGUCCUUUUACUA